CCGGUACCGAGUUGCUGCUUGUCACUGACUACUCGUGACUUUGUGUCAACGUCCUUGCAGAUUCCUCGAGAUUGAGCUCUUGGAAUACAUCACCGCAAUAACAAAGGGAAAAUCGUCCUCUCGUGUGAUUUGCAGAAAUACUGACCACCAUGGAAUCCGAACGCCCCCAUCUGUCCAUCACCCUCCCCAGGAACUUCAUGUUUCACUAUCGCGACGGAGCGGCGCCGCAAACGCCAGAGCCUGAGCCACAGGUUGCUGAGCUUCAACCACCGCCUCCUCCACGACAGACUUUGAAGGUCCGCCGCCGCCGCGCGACCCUCGUGCAGCACCAAAUCGAACUUGACUUUCCCAUAGACGAGAAGCCAAUCCCCACCAUCGAGGCAACAGACUACUUUGAGUCAUCAAAUCCACUUCCAUCACCCCCGUCCGCUCUGGACAAUGCGUAUCUCUCCCCACCAACAAGCUUCAGUCGCAUGGUAUCGCCGCCGAAGACUCCUGCUCACCAAGUGAGAACCAUCGACGUCUUCGCUGACCCACAGCACUGGGAUGAUCUCGAGUCAAAUCGUAGUGAAACCUCCAGCAGACCUACCUCAUCCUCUGGCUUCUCUGAUUCAUCCAUCUCGUCUCGCGGCAGUAUGGAAUCGCUCGUGUCGCGAGGCGGUAGCUGUACAAGUCCAGAAGAGGAGAUGUGCGAUCCUUUCUCGUUCGAUGCCCUCGAGAUGAAGUACCAGCAGCCAAGCUCCCCAUUGGCAGCGCAUCAACAGCCACGCCCAGCCAAGAAGCUGAAGCUGAGGGCGACAUUCACCGAAGAGAUGGAUUACCACCUUUGGAGAACAUACAUGACUUACCUUCAGGAUCCCACAGUCACACCAUUUAAGGCUGUUCCACUAACAACACCGCCAAACGGAGUCUGUCACCGAGUCGCAAGGAUGGCUCGCAAGACCUGGAGAGGACCGGUUCCCUCUCGUACUGCUGGUGUUCGCGCGACUACCCAGUUCGGUUCCCGUUCCGGAACUCCAGAGACUAUCAAGGCUCUGAAGAGCGGUAGCAGUACCCCUAUUGCGAGGCCCAGCAAGUCUUACCUACGAUAUCCAACAGAAAAGCAGUGUCGAAAGCGACUGCGGGACUUGGCCAAGCAAAGGCCCAAUUUGUCUGCCUAUUAUCAGCGUCUGCUCCAUCGAUCACCCUCACCAUUGCAAUCAUCGCCGCCUUUAGAGAAGUCAGAGGAACCAACCCAGCCACAGCCACAGCCACAAGUACUGUCAUCUCCCUUUACACAAAACACAUCAUCCUUUACUUUCUCAACCCGGGAUAUGAAUGUAUCGCUGGCCACCAGUACAUCUGCCUCGAUGCAGAUGGGUAACCCUCUGUCACAGUUGGCAAAUGACCUGACUCCCCGACCAGAGCAGAAGAGCUGGUCGAGAGCGCGAUCAUCAGCACACCAGAAAUCGCAGUCGCUCCAUGUUGGCUUGGGGCUCGGCUUGAGCAACAUGCUUGGCUCUCCUUUCCAGUCUUCCUCGACAGUAGAGAUGAUCGAUGCCGGAUCCAGCUCACACAACGCGCAGACGUGGCAUGCACAGACCGGUCUCCCAACACCAAGGCUGGGCUCACCGUUUCAACUGCAUGCCCCACGACCCAAGUCGCGAGUCUUCAAGCGACGAGCUCUGGCCAACAGCUUUGAGGACAAGACACGAAACCGUGGCAACAGCUUUGUAGAUGAUAUUUUUGGGGCUCCAGCUGAGUCGAGUCAUCGCCGUGUGAGAAGUCGAGGCUUCAGCUUGGGUGAUAUGAUGGAUGGUGCUGGUGCCCGGCGACUGCCCUUAUCUUCGAGUGGACCACCUGAGUUCAACCCCUUUGCAAACCUUAGGCCACACCUCCCCAGCCCUGUCCACACCUCCCCCGCCAUCAUGGCUGAGGCCCAUGGGCAAGGAACAAUCCGCCUUGGAACACCAUUUGGCGGACGACCAAGUAACACUUUUCCUCGAGCAUCGACUUCUUAUGGCUUCGAGCCUCCAGCAUCGUUCGAGCAACGAUUCGCUGCGGCACCCAGCAACUCUGAGCGUUAGUCCUGUUUUUAAAUGACUUGCCCUAUACCAAGCACAGCGUGUGCAUCGGCGUCUGCAUCCGCAUCAUCAUCGGCGUUCAGCAUUGGCAGCUUCGAGCUCCAUCUUUGACAUGUCAGCGAGCGAGCACUCGCGUGCCAUUUGACCCACCAUCUGCUUCAUCUGAAAAGCAUCUCUUAUGUUCAUAUCCACACUUAUCCCAUACUAUCCUUCGUCGACAACAUGGCUCGGAUGGCAUGCCUUACGAUAGGCUGCAUGUUCGAGCCCAUGGCCAUGUCUCUUUUUUGUUUCCUUCUCUUUUUCCUAUGCUUGGUACUCACGACGGAUCAUGACGAUAUGUAUACAUGAACACGCUUGGUUCAUCAUCGAUCUUCUUCCGUAAUUCGGCGGCGGCGAGGGUUGGGUUCUCGAGAUAGCUUUUGGUGAAGCAGCUGUCUCGUACUCGUCUGCUCCUUAGUACAUUCAAC